AUGACGGCUCGCGAGUUUUACAAAAAGGGCUGGCGAGAUUUGGAUGAUCUGGUUGAGUACGGCUGGGACCGCCUCAGUCGUGUUCAGCAGAUCGGAGUCAAGUAUUAUGACGAGUUCCUCCAACCCAUUCCACGCCUUGAGGUGGAAGCCAUUGCUGCCACCAUUCUUCAACAAGCUCAGGAAAUCGAGCCCGGCUUCCAGCUGACCAUUGUCGGAGGCCAUAGGCGAGGCAAAAAAAGCAGCGGUGACGUCGAUGUUAUUUUGAGCCACGCGGACGAAGAUGCCACUUACAGGUUUAUUGAGAGGCUCGUCGCAUCUCUCGAGAAGGCACGCUUCAUCACGCAUACACUUACGUUGAGCACUCACAACAGUGAGAGGGACCAGAAGCCUCUUACGUGGAAGACUGAUGCUGCUAGGACCAAGGGGGCGGGUUUCGACACGCUCGAUAAGGCCAUGGUUUGGGUUGCGCAGUUCUAG